UUUUUGGUUUCUAGUUUUUAAUUUAUUUUUCUAAAAGAGAUCUGAUCCACUUAACCCAGAUCCAAUUGUUGAGCUUGCCUCCCUCCCUACCUUGCAUAACCUUGGUUCAGCUGUCUCCAUCGUCAUCGUGUGCGGCAAUGUCAAGCUACUCUUAUUUCAGCUCCUGGUAAGUAUAAUUGUUAUUAUAUUACUUGCUCGCCCAUGCCUCCUCUAUUCCUCUUCAAAUUCUUUCGAGGAUUCCUAUCACUAUAAGGUUAUCUUUUCCGCUCGUCGUCGACAUUUAUCCUUCGUUUUUUCUCUCCAAUACAUUAUAAUUCCCCCUCCUUUACAUUCUUCCAUCACUCUGCCCGCAGUUUCCUUCAUUCCCCGGAAACUAUAUCGCCCAUUCCGUAACCACCCACACUAUCGCAUCUCUGAUCUUAACGGCGUUAUUCGCUGAAUCCUUCCCCAUAGCCGAAUAGCCCAAUAGUUCGGGUUAUAUAUAUAUCGUCGGAGCCGCAGGCCGGCUAUACUGUUGUGCGAUCAUUCAUAUCUCCGAGCCUGGUCUUUUGUGAUUACGCAGUAAAGUGAGGUUUUCGCCUAUCCAUUCGCAUACCGCGCCCUUACGACUGUUCCUUUCUAUGUCCCAGCCCCGUGAACUGGGCAAGGGUUCUGAGAAAAUGGCCAUCUCAUAUGCGAGUGGGCUGCCGGCCGAUCAUACUCAGGUCCUUCCCUCCUUCAGAGAGCUACUUCCCCCUCACCUUCACGAUGAAAUUGAGUCGACCUCCUAUCUUAGUGCUCGGCAACAUUCGCGUGAGCGUCCCGCAUCAACAACCCGUGAUAUGACUUCCAACCCCAGGCCUUUAUCUGGAGAUUUCGGUCAUUUUCAGCCCCAGCUGGCCCGGAACACACCACAUUACCCUUCCCGUGGUCCCAGUCCUAUUCUGCCGCCUAUCAGAGAUCUUCAACAUGGAUUGAAUGCGUCGACUGCGCCUUUCCCGGAUUCCAGAGGGCUUUCGAGACCGGAUCCCUUUGGGCCUACCACACAGGAGCUUCGGGGGAGACCUGCCGCCGCGCCUGGUUUCUCUUCAACCAGUCGUCCUCUGCCAAUGGGUGAGAGAGGUGGCACAGAUGCCUACAAUGGACCGACCGCCAUGCAUAACCAGAUGGCGUAUCCUUACCCAAUGGCCUACCAUAGCGAUUCCGAGCAGACUUCCCCGCAGGGAUUGUCGCAUACUCAACCUUCGAACUUCGGAAUUUUGGGCGAUCCGAUUGACUCCAAGAACAAACGUCGGCGGGGGAACCUGCCCAAACCAGUUACUGAUAUUUUACGUGCCUGGUUUCACGAGCACUUGGACCACCCAUAUCCUAGCGAGGAGGAUAAGCAAAUGUUUAUGACCCGCACCGGGCUCACUAUUAGCCAGAUCAGCAAUUGGUUUAUCAACGCGAGAAGGCGACAGCUACCUGCUCUCCGGAACCAGAUGCGAACUGGUGGAAGUGAUCUCGAUUCCCAACGCCAAUCCCCCUUUAGCGAUGUGGACCAUGCCUCUUCAGAAUCUAUGCCAUCCCCCAGCCAGCUAGCCUCGGCGAGGUGAACAAUCAUGACCGCCUACAACUGUUCUGCCUCGAUCGACGUUGCCCUCAUCGAGCCUUAUUUUAUCCGGAAACCCUUGGCUAUUCAAGGAGAAAACCGACUCUUUCAUUUUUCUCUCAUUGGAGCGCGAUCACGAGGCAUAUGCAGUACAUCAUGAUUUAUGGGACAGAGGUUGUCAAAACCGAAUAGACGUACGAGAUCAGGUUGACGAAUCUCCUUUUUCCGACUUUAAUAAUUUUUAUCGCUAUCUCUACGACCCGAGUGACAUCGACGAGAU